AAAAGCGAGAGAGCACGCUGGUCAUUGCACUGAGUUCUUUUGCCGAGAUCAGCAAAAUGUUCAGCAAGCAGCACCCAAAUGUGCAGUGAAAAGGGCCAACAGUAGUUUGACUUUAACUGGGAGCGCAAGCAGCCGCAAACGGCAACGGCAACGGCAACAAUGACCACAAUGACAACAUUUGUAACCAUGUGGCGGUUUCUGUUCACACUGGCGCCCUCUGCUGUGUUUCUGCUAAUGCUGCACAAUGGCGUUAAGGACUAUCGCCCCGAUAUUGUGGACGAAGCGAAUCGCGUGCGCUCCAUACGCAUCGAGGAGCUGCGGCAGAGCUACGAUUUUGUUAUCGUGGGCGGCGGCUCGGCGGGCUGCGCGCUGGCGGCGCGUCUAUCGGAGAAUCCGGCGUGGAGCGUGCUGCUGCUCGAAGCGGGCGGCGAUGAGCCGUUUCUGUUCGAUCUGCCGCAGCUGUAUCCGCUGUUCCAGCGCAGUCCCUGGGACUGGAUGUACAGCGUCGAGCCGUCGGAUCGCUACUGCCUGGCCAUGGAGGAUCAGCGCUGCUUCUGGCCACGCGCCAAGGUGCUCGGGGGCUGCAGCAGCAUCAAUGCCAUGAUGUACAUACGCGGCAAUCGCCACGACUACGACCAGUGGGCGCAGCUGGGCAACGCUGGCUGGGAUUACGCCACAGUGCUGCACUACUUCCGCAAAAUGGAGGACAUGCGUGAUCCGCAGCAUCAGCACAGCCCGUAUCAUGGCCAUGGCGGUCCCAUUAGCGUCGAGCGCUAUCGCACGCCGUCGCCGCUGCUGCCCAUCUUCAUGCAGGCGGCGACGCAGCUGGGACUGCAGCAUCCCGACGGCGACUUCAAUGGACGCACCCAGAGCGGCUUUGCUCCACCCCAUGGCACAUUGCGCGACGGACUGCGCUGCAGCGCCAACAAGGGCUACAUGCGUCGCAGCUGGCGGCGACCCAAUCUCGACAUUGUGCUCAAGGCGUUUGCGGAGCAGCUGCUCGUCGAGCCGGCGCCCAGCAAGCGCGUCUGGGGCGUGCGCUUCGAGCAUGCGGCGCUGCGGCAUGUGGUGCGCGCCAGCAAGGAGGUGCUGCUGGCAGCGGGCGCGCUGGCCAGUCCGCAGCUGCUGCUGGUGAGCGGCAUUGGGCCGGCGGAGCAGCUGCAGCCGCUGGGCAUUCAGCUGCAGCAGCAUUUGCCCGGCGUUGGGCGCAAUCUCCAAGAUCACAUCUCCACCUCGGGCGCCGUUUAUACCGUGCAGAGCGCUCAGCCGAAUACUCAUCUCAGCUUCAUUGUGCCGGAGCAGCUCAACGAGCAGUCGGUGCGGGAUUUUGUGCAGUCCCGCAAAGGUUUCUUCUAUGCCAUGCCCGUGAGCGAGGUCAUGGGAUUUGCUCACUCGCGCUAUCAGCAGCAGCAGCAGCAGCAGCGGCGCGCUGGCGAGGAUUGGCCCGAUCUGCAGCUGUUCAUGGGCAGCUAUGGCUAUGGCGCCGAUGGCGGCAUGGUAGGGCGACGUGGCGCCGCCAUUACGCUGGAGAACUAUGCGCAAACCUUUGAGCCGGUUCUCUACCAGGACAGCUUUGUCAUUGCUCCACUGCUGAUGCGUCCACGCUCACGUGGCUACCUGCAAAUCGUCUCCGCCGACGCGCGCGUCCAUCCGCGCAUUCAUGCCAACUACUACGACCAUCCGCUGGACAUGGCCAUCAUGGUCGAGGGCCUCAAGCUCGCCCAUCGCCUCACCCAGACGCCCGCGCUCCAGCGCAUCAAUGCCACGCUCAACAUCUACGAGUGGCGCAACUGCCCCGAGGUCGAGUAUCUGAGCGAUGCCUUCUGGGAGUGCCUCGCUCGCUACUACUCCCAGACCAUUUAUCAUCCCGUCGGCACCUGCAAAAUGGCGCCCCAAUCCGAUCCCCUGGGCGUCGUCGAUCCCCGCCUGCGUGUGCGCGGUCUGCGCAACCUGCGCGUCAUCGACGCCAGCAUCAUGCCCACCAUACCCACGGGCAACACCAACGCCCCCACCAUUAUGAUCGCCGAACGUGGUGCCGACAUCAUCAAGGAGGAUUGGCACCACUACCCCCAAGGCGGUUGGCUUUAG